UUGAGGAAAACAUUGCUUUUUAACUGUGCUAUGGAAUAGAAGAAGCAGGAGGGGUUCUUACCAAGUGACAGUCUCGCCUCACUCAACUACCCCUCCUCCUUUCCACACCUGCAGGAUCUUCUGCCUGGCUCUUUUCGGUUAAUUGCAUCUCAGCUCCAAGAGUGCCUGUUGCAAAUCCCUGGAUGAAAAGAUUCAUUCCUGCUCUGUUGAAUAGAUGAACUAAAUCAUGAAACUGGCUAUCCUUUUUCUUCUAUUCCUGCCACUUUGCUUGGCCAAACCAUUUUAUCAAAGAGGCUUGUUUGAUUUUAUGCUUGAAGAUGAAGCAGGAUCUGGAACGCCUGAACCUGAAAGAUAUCCUCUUAUUCCAACAUGCCCAUUUCGUUGUCAGUGCCACCUCCGGGUUGUUCAGUGUUCUGAUUUAGGUUUGAAGGAAGUUCCGAAAGAUCUUCCCCCAGAUACUACUCUACUUGACUUACAGAACAAUAAAAUAACUGAAAUAAAGGAUGGAGAUUUCAAAAAUCUGAAGGAUCUUCAUGCAUUGAUCCUUGUUAACAACAAAAUCAGCAAAAUCAGUCCUGGAGCUUUUUCUCCACUCAAGAAACUGGAGAGACUUUAUCUUUCCAAAAACAACUUGAAGGAACUUCCAGAAAACAUGCCAAAAAGUUUGCAGGAACUGCGUGCACAUGAAAAUGAUAUUGUCAAAUUAAAGAAAUCUGCCUUCAGUGGACUGAAUAAUAUGAUUGUAAUAGAAUUGGGCACCAAUCCAUUAAAAAGCUCGGGGAUUGAAAAUGGAGCCUUUCUAGGGAUGAAGAAGCUGUCCUACAUCCGUAUUUCAGACACAAAUAUAACUUCUAUUCCUAAAGGUCUUCCUAUAUCUCUGACAGAACUUCAUCUUGAUGGCAACAAAAUCAGCAAAAUUGAUGCAGAUAGUUUAAGUGACCUUCCCAAUUUGGCUAAGCUUGGCCUCAGUUACAAUCGCAUUGCUAGUGUGGAAAAUGGAUCUUUAACCAAUGUGCCACAUUUGAGAGAAUUCCAUUUAGAUAACAAUGAUUUGGUCAAAGUACCUGCUGGACUAGGAGAACACAAAUACAUACAGGUUGUCUACCUUCACAACAACAAUAUUGCUGCCAUUGGCCCUAAUGAUUUCUGUCCUGUUGGAUACAAUAGCAAAAAAGCUGCCUAUUCAGGAGUAAGCCUGUUUAGUAACCCCGUGCAAUUCUGGGAAAUUCAGCCAUCUGCUUUCCGAUGCAUCUAUGAACGAUCUGUAAUACAACUUGGAAACUACAAAUAAAUGCACAAAAGUGUUUCCACUUAAAUACCUGUUGCUUUUUAAAAUUUCUGGUAAAUAUUAAAGCCUGAUAUUGGAGACUUAAUUGCAGAGUGAAGAUUAUUGUAUUUGUAAAAGACCCAUUAGAUAAUUUCCAGAAGAAAAUAAGUAAAUUUACUUUGUUUUUGUUUUGCUUCAUCAACAACACAUGAUAUAGCUUGUGGUAUCUCUCCCUUAGGUCAUCAUAACAGAUUUUUUUUUUCAAUAUUCUACUGUGCAUGAGAUUUGAGGGUAAAUAUUGAUCAAGCAUUUCAUAAUUAGAAAUAGUACAAAGCACAUUUUUACUCUACAGCCACACACAAGAAGUAUUUGGAGGACAAAAUAAUGAGACAUACUUUUUAUUUAAAAAAUUAAUCAAUCAAGUCUUAAUAAACUCUCACCUGUUUAAAAAUUAAAUGAUAAGUGCAGGUAUCAAAAUAUCAGAUAUUCAGAAAAGCAAUAUAGAAAGGUUGCUUUUGUUAAUAUUUUUGGUUAAAAUGCUAUUUUAAUAUAUACCUCUUUUCUUUUCUAUGAUUUUAUGUUUAGAUCUUCCCAGAUAAUUUAUGUACAAUUAGGAAAAUAUUCUACAGGCUCAAAAUAUGUUCAUGACCCUGGCUUUUUCUAGAAUAUGUCAGCAAUAGCUACUGACACUUUUAUUUGUGUCUCCAUGGAAUGGAGAUGCUGGUGCCUCACCCAUCUUGUAAUGAAAGUCACCAGGAACGGUCACUAUGUAAUUGAAUUUACAAUGAACAUUAGGUAAUCUUGCCUUUAUCAUUUAGCAUCAGGGAAAGGACUUGGAGCUAUGUCCACAAAUUCCUCCUUCAUUCUCCAAUUCUCCAUUGUCAUCCAUACCUUCUAGGCAACAAAACUAAUGCUUUCAAAGUGCAAUUUAUUUCUCCUUAUUCACACGACUGCUCUUGUUCAUAAUAUGACAAAAAUAUUCAAAUAGAAUUCUCAUUAACUUGAGCAUCUUUGAGAAAUAUCUGUGUGGAUUAAGUCUGCAAGCAUGUAUAAAUUAAGCAACAUUGGCCUACUACAUUAAUGAAUUGCUCUUAAAUGCAGUGGCCAUUCACCCGCUUCAACUAAUUUGAAUUUUAAUACUGUUUUCAAAUGUAAUGUAAAGAAAUAUUCAGAUUAUUGGUCAGUAAUACCUAGACUUACAAGAGAUCAUCAUGGCCAGAAAAACAUUAUCUAGAUAAUGAAAACAAUGUUUACUUUUACAUCAUUAUAACUGGUUUAUGUAAUAGCAAGAAUAUCCAAAAUGGCUGUACAUUUCUGGAACCUUAUCUCCAAAUUUAACUGCAUUUCUUUCAACAUGAUACAUUAAAGAAAAGUUUGGAUACCUCUUAAUUGUUCAAAAUACAGUAUUUUCAAUGUAUGUAUAUUUUAUAUUAAACAGUACUGGCAAAUUCCA